AUGACUUCUCUCAUCUCUAAGUCUCUCUUUCUUCUUGUGUUCCUCUUCUUUUCCAACAUAUGUCUCUCCUUCAGUAUUCCUAGUGAGUACCCCAUUCUAAGUGAUGACGAUGUUGAUAAAUUAGACAAGUUCACUUCAGAGGAAGACAUUCGUGAGCUAUUCCGAAUGUGGCAGAAGAAAUACGAACGAGAAUACGGAUCAAGAGAUGAGAAGGAAAACAGAUUUGAGAUUUUCAAAAGCAAUUUGAAGUAUAUCGUGGAGAAGAAUUCCAAGACAACAUCCUACCGUUUGGGUUUGAAUCAGUUCUCAGAUUUGGCUUUCGAGGAAUUCAGCAAAACAUACUUGGGUCAUCAGCAACCCGAAAAAUUGAUUGCUGCAACUAUUGAUGGCUAUGUAAAUAAGACAUACAAAUCAGAAAGUGCUCUCUUCUGUGCCGCUGCUAAGCAGCCAGUCAGUAUUUCUGUCAAUGUUACGAGAGAUUUCUCGUACUACCAGCAAGGAGUCUUUGAUGAUAUCAUCAUCCACGAAGAACGACCGUGUAGAGUUAAUCAUGCUGUGUUGCUCGUUGGAUAUCGUUCAAUUUUUGGUCAACGUUAUUGGAUUGUGAAGAACUCGUGGGGACACUCAUGGGGACAAGAUCUUCAUCAGAAGAAACCCUAA